UAAUGUUUUUAAUUAUUAUCUUUCAUUGUUAAGUACAUAAAAUACAAACCCUCCAACAUUUUUAACUCUUACCUUCAUGGAAAGAACAUAUCACCUCUCUUCUUUUUUUUAUAUGUUUUUCCUCAUAUAUUCAUUAUUUUCUAAUUUUGAACACCAGAUUGAAAUCUCCUUCUCCUUUCAUACAUCCUCAUGUUCUCGUUACCUUCAACUUCUUCCUCCAUUUCUAGAAAAAAAUAUGAUGUUUUCUUGAGUUUCAGAGGUGAAGAUACCCGCAACAACUUUACCGAUCAUCUCUAUGAUGCUCUAAGUAGGAGUGGGAUCGUCACUUUCAGAGAUGAUCCAAAGCUGGAGGCCGGUGAAGAGAUCGCACCUGAACUCUUUAAAGCAAUUCAGCAAUCAUGGUGCUCGGUAAUCGUUUUUUCACAAACUUAUGCCUUUUCAAGUUGGUGCUUGGAGGAGCUUGCUGAGAUUGUUAAACAACAUAACAACGACGGCCAUAAAGUGUUUCCAAUUUUUUACCAUGUUGAUCCUUCUGAUUUAAGAAAACAAAAGGAGAAAGUGGAAGAAGCCUUUGCCAGACAUAAAAAGAGAUACAAAGAAGAUAGUGAGAAGAUCCAAAGAUGGCGAAAUGCUUUAAUUCAAGUGGCUGCAAUCAAGGGAUGGCAUUUAAAUAACAGGCAUGAAUCAGAAUUUAUUAAAGACAUUGUUAAGAAGAUAUCAGCAAAACUAUGUCAGACAUAUCAAGUUACUCAUAGCCAAAACUAUGUCAGACAUAUCCAGUUACUCAUAGCGACUUGGUUGGAAUUAGUGAACGCUUGGAGGAUUUAUAUUUGAAAAUAAACAUUGGGGAAGAUGAUGUCCGCGUUAUAGGAAUUUGCGGAAUGGGUGGUAUCGGUAAAACGACACUCGCAAGAGUUGCUUACACUCAAAUGUCAUCUCAUUUUGAAGGUAAAAGCUUUAUUGCUGAUAUUCGAGAAGUUUCAGACAAAUGCGGACUAGUUUCUUUACAGAAACAACUUCUUUCACAGAUCUUUCAUGGUGAAUGCUUCAACUUUUUCGAUGUUCAUGAAGGGAGUGCCAUAAUUAGCCAUAGAUUGUCUCACAAAAAGGUUCUUGUUGUUCUUGAUAAUGUUGAUAACAUACAACACUUAAAAUGCUUGGUUGGAAGGCACGAUUGGUUCGGAUUAGGGAGUAGAAUCGUUGUAACAACAAGAGAUGAACAUUUGCUUCGAUCUUGGCCGGUUGAUGAUGUGUAUGAGCCCACAACAUUGAAUCCCAAAGACGCACUUCAACUUUUCAGUCUGAAAGCUUUCCAUAGUGAUACAGUGCUGAAAGAUGAUUUCGUUGAGCUUUCUAUACAUGUUGUAAAUUAUGCUGGUGGGCUCCCUUUAGCUCUUGAAGUUUUGGGUUCCUUUUUGUGCGGAAGAGAUGCGGCUCAAUGGAGAAGUGCGAUUGAAAGACUUAAAAGAGAUUCUAAUAAAGAAAUUCUCGAUAAACUUCGAAUCAGUUUUGAUGGACUAGAAGAAAGGGAGAAGAAUAUAUUUUUAGAUAUAGCAUGCUUCUUCAAUGGGGAGAAGAAAGAUUUUGUAAUCAAAGUAUUAGAUGGUUGUGAUUUUUUUCCUGAUAUUGGAAUUGAUGUUCUCAUUAAAAAAUCUCUCGUAAAAGUCGAUAAACACAACAAAGAUUUGAAGAUGCAUGACUUGUUGCAAGAAAUGGGAAGAACAAUUGUUAAAGAACAAUGUGUUGAUGAACCUGGAAAACGUUGCAGAUUGUGGGAGGAAAAGGACGUCCAUCAUGUCCUAACAAAAAACACUGCUACAGAAAUGAUUGAAGGCAUAAUCAUCGAUAAUAAAAGGGAAUCGAGUAAGAUGCUCAAUUUGAGUGUGGAUACCUUCUUGAAGAUGAAAAAACUGAGAUUGCUCAAAGUGCUUUGCCUCUCAAAUUGUGAUGAUCUCAAAUAUUUUUCUAAUGAAUUACGACUUUUAGAUUGGACAGGAUACCCUUUAAGAUACUUGCCUUCAAGCUUUUAA